CAGGACUCUAGCAUUGACGUGGAAUACAUACAUAUCUAUGUAUGUAUUCCACGUCGACCACGUCCAUUGAUGCGACCCGAGUCGGGAGUCGGGUCGAGUAGUAAAUCGAAAAUGCCAUAAGGCUGCGUUCGGAAUAGCACCUGUAUUCAAUAGUGACACAAGCUUCAUUUGACACUCAAUUUUCAUUCAACAAGAAAUUGGCCGUAUCGUCCACUGACAAGAGGCGGGUGCCAUUAAACAAAAAAGAAGAAGGCCUUUAUGGCUGCGGUUGACUUGAUGCUACAUAUGUGUCAGUAUCGUCAGUAUGUACACAUAAAUAUACGUAAUUUAUUUUAUUUUACGUCGAUACAAAAUAAAAUAAAAAUGGAGAAAAAGAACGAGUUUUUAUUUACAAAUAUAGUGAUUGAAUAAAACGAAAUGGAUAUAAUAAAGGAACAUUUGCUGGUACCAACAAAGUAUAUGAUACUGACAGAUGAGAGAAUUUGCUUGACAGUUCACAGAAAUUGGCUUUCCCGGUUUUUAACAGUUGGCUCGUUUACUUUUAUUAGUCACGAUCGUUUGUCCAAUGAUGAAAUUGCAGCGCAGCCGACUAUCGAUGAAUUGGGUGGCGAUUGGCUGAGAAUUUAUGCAAAAGUAUAUGUAAAACAACACAGGAAUGCAAUUCCUUUACCGAGAGGAAGGCCUAUCAGUAGCACAAGGAACCAAGAAGAGUUAAUGUUUUCGCAAUUGUUGCAUUAUGUGGCAGAAACUAAUUAUCGAAAUCUAUGGAAAGAAACAUAUAAGAAAUAUUACAAUCCCUGGAAUUUUGUUGAACAAAAGGAACAAUCUAAUAUCACUGCUAAUGUAAGCGACGUUACCAUCAUGCAUGAAAUACUGAAUAGAAUGUAUGGCUGUACUUUGGUACAAGUACAGCACGGUAUGGUCUUAUCAGUAUCAAAUGGUAUAUUAUCUGAAACACAUUGCAAUCUCGUACCAAUUCAUUUUGCCAUAGAAACAUCAUCCGCAUUUAUAAUGUUCUAUGAGCAGAUUGCAAAUUAUUCUCUUCGUGAGUGCGUAAUGUACAGUCCCGCUGCUCUUAGUACGAGUCAUGGAAAACCAUUGUUUGUAGUUUAUCAGUUAUUGAGAUUAUCCAGAGACUUGCACGAUCGUGGUCUUGCGUUAGGAGAAAUUACGCUUAGUGACAUAUUGGUUACAGACAAUUUUACUAUUCAGGUAUUACCUAAAUUAAACGAUAAUAUUUAUCUGAAACCUGAUAGCGAGUGUACAGGUACUACUCAAAAAAGUAAAGAGAAAAAUUUGAGUGACAAUGUUCAUGAUAAAAAAAAUGGUGGACUUUGUUCACACAACACUGAUUUUGGUUUAAAUGAAAAUAUUGAAAAAUUAUGCGAGAUGUGGAUGUAUAAUUGUAUCAGCAACUUUGAUUAUUUAACUGCGAUCAAUAAUUUGGCUGGUAGGAGAUACGGUAAUCCCAGCUGUCAUCAUGUUAUGCCUUGGGUAACGGAUUUUACAUCGAGAAAUGGUGGAAACUGGAGAGAUCUGACAAAGUCCAAAUUUCGAUUAAACAAGGGAGACAGACAGUUGGAUCUUACGUUUGACUCGCAAUCAACCGAGGUUGGACACCAUGUAUCUGACGUUUUGUCAGAGAUUACCUAUUAUGUAUAUCUUUCACGCCGAUAUAAUAAAUCUGUGCUCUGUAAACAUGUACGACCUUUAUGGGUGCCUGGAGAAUAUCCAGCUUCAAUUCAAAGAUUACACGAUUGGAGUCCUGAUGAAUGUAUACCGCAGUUUUUUAUCGAUCCUAGUGUUUUUAAGUCUAUUCACGAGGACUUGCCAGAUUUAGAAAUUCCAGCAUGGGCAACGUCUCCAGAGGAUUUUAUUGAAAAACAUAGGGAAACAUUGGAGAGCUUUUAUGUUUCGGAAAGAUUACAUCACUGGAUAGACUUGACCUUCGGCUACAAAUUAUCAGGUUCAGCUGCUAUAAAGUCGAAAAACGUUUGUCUACAAUUAGUUGAUAAUCAUACUGAUUUAACUAAUUCUGGUGUUGUACAACUUUUCACACAACCACAUCCACAAAAAAUAACUCCAUCUCCCUAUUGGGGUAAAGUACCACCACGUCUUCGGCCGAUAUCUUCAACUAAUAGAAGUAAAAGUGAUCAACUCGCGAGUAGAAUUAGUGACGAUGAGGGCCACAGUUCUGGUGUUGAAGAAGAGGAAUUAUCUGCGACAGUAACGAACGCAUCAAGAUCGUCGCCUCUCAUAUUGAGUCGUUUAUUGAGUCGUUCCAGAGGUUCUUUGCUUUCAGAGGAUAACGUUAAAUCAGAUAAGCCCGUUAAUCAGCCUAUUAUUCUUCCGAAGGAUUUCAAUCCCGUUGCAGCAAUCGUACAAGUAGAAACUACACAUGCCUUCAUGCAUAAAGUCAACCAUCAAGUUUAUAAACCUGCAAUAGGAUCACAUGAUUUUUCCACAAAUUACAAGCAAAUUGUAGCCAGUGGACGUAUUAAAGAGCAACAAAUACUCGGUUGUCUGAUAGUGGAAAUAUUUCUAGCCGGAAAAUUCCGCGCAACCUGGAACGUUGAAAAAGUAUUAUUUGCACAAAGAUUCGCGACGUGUCUGAAUAUCUUAAAGACAUCGGCAGAUAAUUUGCCGAAAUGUAUAAGAAACGUUGUGUCUUUAUUGCUACAAAUUGAUAUUAUGCCAAAGAGUUAUAAUGUAGGUAACGUAGAGAUGAAUGAUAUUUCAAUGAUGAAUGAGACCUCUUUUCGUUAUUCAACGAUAACAUACAUGGGCCUACCACCGCCAUCCGCUCAUCAAUUUCUUCAACCAAUUUUAUCUGGCAGUCUGUUCCCAUUCUCCAAAUAUUGCCAAUACUUAUAUAACAUUGUUAAAAUGUUGCAAGAAUACAAUGGUUUGGUACGAGAAUUAAAUUCUAUUGUGAAGAUCGAGGACGAUGUUGAUUUUUUAAUAAAAACGAAGACAAAGUACCUGUGUAAAAUUUGUGAGUGCAAAGUAAAAGCAAUCGCCAGGGAAUUAGAACGGCUUUUACCUUAUGUCGGUGGUAUGAGAGAAGCCACUUUGCAAUUGAUAGUACCUCACAUAGUACAAAUUAUGGAAGAACCUUAUAGUGCGGUAUUGGCAGUAUGGCAUCUUUUCGAUCCCAUUGCAAAAACGUUGGGACCGAAGGAUACAGUCGAUACAUUUCUCUCACCUAUUACAAAACUGUACGAGAACGGCUCUAUCAUGGAUACUGCAUUGUACGCUGAUAUAAUACCUACGGGAACGCUCGCAAAGUUUCGAACUACUCGAUUAUAUCACCGAAUGUUCCUGCUGAAGUUAAUAGUUAGGCUAGGGCUACGAAGAUUUUUAGACAAUUUCAUAAAUCCUUUGGUGGAAGCGGUGGGAGGAUACAAAGAUUAUGUACAGGGCUCGAUUGACACGUGCACUCAUAGAACUGUGAAUUUGAAGAGCUGCGACUUAAGUGGACCUUGCAGUGAGGGAGAAGGUAUUUUAUCUCCAUUAGAUGAAGAUUCAUUUGCAGACACCGAACACAAUGUCGCUGUAUUUUCUGUACCAACGAUCAACGAUCACAUGUCUAAUGUAACAACAGAGAACAAUGUCGAAGAAGUAUUUGCCAUGGAGACGGAGAAUAAUUCGUGGAUUUCAUUAAAUAAUACCGCGCCAUACGAUAUCGACUUACAUAUAGAUCUCAACUUGAAUGCCUGCGAUGAUUUGAAUGACGAUGGAAACAAAAAUUCGCCGGGUAGCUCCGUUAAAUCGCCAACGAUUCCGAUACCUAAACAAUCAAAUAUCAGUGGAGCUAAAUUGGUAACCGAGUUUAAUAGUAUCGGUUGCAACGUUGGCAGUAAAACUUCCAGCGAAGAUUUUACUUAUGUUAAUGCAUACGCCACGAAUAUCCAUUCCGAUAGUAAUCUCUCAGAAAAUAUGUGCAAUAUAGAUAUUAAGGAAGACAAUCCUGCUAUGCUUUCUGCGGAUCUUGAUAACAAAAGCGAUGUAAUCAAAUCAAGCGAUGAAGAUGUACGUCAGCUGGAUCAUAUUUACCGAAAAUCCGUUCUAAGUGAAUGCACAAUUUCCGAGAUGAGCGCGGAAUCUGUUAUCUGGCUGUCUCAUAGACUUGGCCCAGUACUCACAGCACGAUACUUAUCGCGAAAUCUUCUGAGAAUGCUGACGUUAUGUUACGCUGGGAAAGAAAAUUUAAUGCCAACCGAUGACAAUAAUUUUAUGCGUGUGGAGGGUGUUGCAUGGAAGAAGCCGAUACUAGCCGGUGAUCAAAAUGCUAUUAAAGUCUUAGAGUGUCUCACAGCUAUUGCAGGAUUAUAUGGAGAACAAAUUAUAUUGCUGCAAUAUUUCGCACAUAUAGUUGAGCUAUUAGCAUUGUGCAAGAGAAAGCUUACGCAAAAUUUGGAAGGAGGCCUAAUUUCUUGUCUGGCUCUAUUAAAUCACAUCACAACAUAUCUCAAUGAUUCUACGUUAAUGGAUGUGCUUCAUGAGCCGAUUGUUAAAUCUAUCCUGCAUCCCACAGUACGCAUACUGUCAACCGCGAGAUUUACAUUUCCAAAUGGAACGCUUGCACGCAUUGCCUUAGCUGAAAAAUGCUUGGAAGCGAUGUUCACUCUUAGCUUACGGCUCGGCAGCGUGAUCACGAAAAAUCAUUUAGCAGUACCAAUUCAACGCUUCUUUCUGGCCUUUGACAAAGCUUUCAGUAAAAAUUUAGAUGGUGGAGUCCUGUUGAAUAAUUUUGGGCAAAAAGCAGGCACAACCUGCGAGCAUUUUGUACGGAUGAAAGCUGCGAAUGAAGAAUCUGUUAAUAAUGAAACUUAUGCGUGGAACAAACUUGACGCAGACAUUGCAGAUUCGUAUUCCCCUCCGGUUGUAGAAAAUAGCGACGUGUCAGACUUGCAAAGAAAUAAAGCAUUUGAAGAACUACGAGCAGUAUUCAAUACUGAGUUUGCUCAUAAAUCAUACAUGCUUUUUUAUAGAUGUGUCGAUAUUGAAAUGAUGGAACAUAUACUUAAAAAUCACGAGCAUAUAAAAGAGCUUUGUCACGAUUACGAGCAGGGGAUAAAAGCAAUCUCCGUAAAUAACGAUAACGUGGAUAAGUACAAUACUUCCGUGGAUUGUGAUGUAGCAGAGAAUGUAGAAUCGGUUGAUAAAGGUGUUUGCAGCUUUGGGAAUAUAUCUGUGAUAGGAAAUAGAUUCGAGAUACAGAAAGAUGACGCGAGAUUUCAAUCGGCGACGGAGAUUGUUGCCAGUCGCGAAACUUGUCCGUCAUCCGUUGGUAGACAACUACGCGGUAAUUGGCUAGCCUAUUGGGAGCACGAGAUAGGGAGACCGGAGAAGGAUACGAUAUUUAAUAUAAAACAGAUAAAACUUCAGACUUUCAACGGACAUACAAAUAGUGUGAGAUGUCUUUACGUGUUAGACAAUGAGAACAGUUUUAUGAGUGGUGGCAGAGACAAAACUGUGAAAUUAUGGAGUUUACGAAGCCAGGGUGAUGGAACUACAGUCUCAUCGUGUCAAUACACAUAUACUGGACACAAGAAAUCUAUUCUUUCACUUACAUUUUUGGAAUCUUUGAGAUACGCAGUGACAUGCGAUGGCGUGAUUCAUUGUUGGGAUCCUUUUAUGGGUUCGCUUCUGGGAUGUCCGGAAAGUAGUCGUCCUGUGAACACUUUAGCCUCGAGUCCUUCUCCGUCCACGACUCUUCUUGUAGGAACAACGGACAUUACCCUUAGAGUUAUUGAUUGUAGAACAUUCCAGUAUGUCAAUGAAAUGAAAGUUUCUAUGAAUCCGACUGGUUUAAUAAGAUGUAUCACAGUAUCGCCCAGUGGUAACUGGGUCGCUUUAGGUCAAGCAUCAGGCUUCUUGACGAUACUCGAUACUCGCACUGGUCUAAUUAUUGCGUCUUGGAAGGGACAUGAAUGUGAGAUACUGCAAUUAGAAGCGAUAAACGAAACUACUAUAGUUAGUUCUUCGUUGGACCAAACUAUAGCCGUGUGGAGUGCAAUAGAUGGAAAACUUAAAUUUCAUAUGAAAGGCGCAACAGAGCCUGUUCAUUGCAUGGCAAUGCACGAACAGGUAUUAGUGAUAGGAACAACAGCAAAUCGAAUUGGUGUCUAUACCGCUAUAGAAAUGACUGCUUCAUUAAGUUCAUCGAAAUUGAGAUCUGACGCUUUUAAAGGCAUUCUUACUGCCAUGGCUGUCCUUCCUCUCAAUCGAUUAUUAUUAUUAGGCGCUGACAAUGGUGGAAUAACACUACUAUGUUAAGAACGCUUCAGACGCUAUUUACAGAGCAGCGCAAAAUGACUGGACAUUAUUAAAUAUAAUAAUGGGAAAGAAUAGAAAAAGACUUACAAAGGAAAGUACGAUUCUGGUUUGUCAAUGUACAAACCAAAUAAUGGAAAUAAGUUCCUCAAAAUAUCGUAUUGUAAUUGUUCGGCACCGCCGCUAUUGAAAUGAUUUACAAGUACAACUUCUUCGAAGAGAAACUGCGAAAAGAAGGAUUUGAGAAGAAGACACAAAUUACUAUAGGUGAAUAGCAAUCUAUUUCCUUUGAUUUUUAUUUUGCAUACUUGAUCAAAUUGAGCGGCUAAAUUCUUCCAAGCUUGAUUAAACAACGGCAAUGCAAGAACACUGUGCAAUGUAUGAAGACGCGUAGCUAGUUCUUGGAACAUGGGACAACCACUCGGUGUUACUGAUAAUGAAGCAACUUCUUUUGAAGACUGCAUCGCAAACCAUCUUGGAAUAAUAAAAAGCACUUUUUAAAUGUAAUGUGAAUGAAAUAAUAAUCGUAAUAGUGAA